GCUCGGAGCAAGGCGGCGAGAAGCAGCGAGCGACUUAGAAAUAGGCCGGUUCGCAGCGAAUCACAGCAAGGCUCCAAGCCUCAUCGACUGCGUCGUUGUCACCUCUUUUUUACUAUGGGAACCUCCGAGAAAAUACUAUCCACUGUCUCGCCUGGCUCGUAGGAAGGGCAUCAUCAUUAUGUUGCGCGGCCCCCGUCCGCUCGACCACUGACUACGACCGACACAAGCUUACAAACCAACGAUGAACGAAUCUCCGCCGGCCCAGUCCCCCGCGCACCUUGCGCCGACCCGAGGCCGCCACCUCCGGUCGACGUCGAGCUAUUCCAGCUAUUCCCAAGCUCGGCAGCGAACCACCGACGACCUCCUGUCGAACCUCACGCCGCGGACGGUAGUCGAUGCCUUCCGUAAUCCGUCGGGAAGCCUGAAGGCGUGCAUCGAUGCCGCAACCCCGACCGAGCAGGCGUUUGCGCUCAGAGUGGCCGUUGCCGCUAACAGCAUUCAUGAAUGGCUAGAAGAGCUCUCCGCCUGGUCAUGGCCGGCAGGUGGGGGCUCCGCGGGUUUCGAGGUGCCCACGGUCAAGAGGAGGCUAUUCAGCUCCGGCAGCGAGCUCUCAGGCAAUGGAUCGCAACACUCACACCAAGAGUACAUCGGGAGCCUCCCCGCGGCCGACGUCGCCACGUACGAAAGGCGAUUAGACAAGAUCGCCCAAGAGCUGGAGGAGCUCGAUAUCGAAGAAAUCAAAAACCAGGUUCUGAACAACCACAUCAUGCCUCUGUCACGGCCGGGAACGCCAAUGAUGGAUUGUGGCCGCUCCGCGAUGUCCUUCUCUAUCAUUGCGAGGUUGGAUGACCUGACGGCCCUGAUCACGGCCACCACUGUGGGGGCGCUUCCAAUGCUGUCGAAACUCACCAAGCUGAUGGAGUCCUGGACCUUCCGUCUGCUGGUGCUGCGUAGGGUCCCGGUAUUUCUGACGUCACUGGUCGACGCCGAGGUCGCUCUUCAGUCCGGAUGGAAUGCGAUCAGACUUGGCGCGAACCCUAGCCAUGGCGCUGGGACCGAUAACAGCACGCCGGGCACGGAACCUGCGGCAUUGCACCCGGGAGAGUUCGAAGUGAUGAAGUCAGUCCUCGAGCGUAAAGUGGCCAAGGCUGGACACGACCUCGACGCCAUGCUGGACCUUCUUGAAGGGCAGCCGGAUACUCUUCCAGAGGAAUGGAUCGACCGAGUGGAUGCUCUCGAGCAUGGGUACGGCGAAUGGACGGUAGCGUGCGAAAGCAGAAUCAAGGAGACGGACUUGGCCAGGCUGGCACCGCAGUUCGCUCCGGUAACCGCGACUCCAGAACAGCCAGUGCACCAGGGACCACAUAACAGCACGGUCGCUACCAGAGACUCAGCCAUCCGCCAAUCGCAGGACACAGAGUUCCCAUCAAGACCGGCGUCAUCCCUUAACGAAGGCGCUACAGGGGUCGCUGAUCGCCAGUCCGAUGUUCCGCCACCGGUUAUAAAGAUCCACCCUACCGCGGACGAGCAGGCGCUCCAGCCUGAGGAUGAUGACUACAUAGAUACCGAGGACGAGCGUGCUCAAAGCUCUUCUGAUGGGUCAGCUCGUUUAGAGCCAUCAGCCUCGGAAGCCUCACACCAGCACUCAACCGGAGACCUUGGCGGCGCCGGCCGAUCUCUGCCUGCUUCGGACGUUGAGUUGUCAGACAUUUCGGAGUGCGGUGCACGCCAAGCAGGACAUGGCCUGAGGCGUGGUAGUAACGGGUCAGAGGCCUCCACAAUCAUACACGAAGCUCCCAGCACGUUCACGGGUUCAUUUUCUAGUGACGACUUAGAUCAGGGAACUCCGGAACACCGUCGUCAGACGGACGCGGAGCGCGAGGAUGUUGUCCCCAGCCUGCCAUCGCUCCGGCCGAGCGGCAGGUCAUUGUCAGUUAGCUUCAGCGAGACGACCACAAUCACAGAGCUGCCGAGUUUCUCGAGUCCUCCAGGCACGCCCACAACGUCGGCGAUUCCGGAGGAUGAUGUUGCAACGGAACCAGACAGCCCUUCUGAGAUGAGCAUUUCCGGCAUGGAUGACCAACUUCAACAGCAAAUCAGCGAGAUCCUGGAGUCAGUGCCGGCUAAGAUCCGUCUGACCAGGGAGCCUCCCGCGAUCAACCUCAACCCUCCGGACUUCAAAAUGCCGACGGCCCGAAAGAGCUCCAGGUCGGAUGCCAUACCUCGCAGCCAGUCUAACAUAUCAAUGCGAUCCGCGUACUCUCGAUCCGGCACUCCGUCGUUCACCUUAGCCCCGGCAUAUGGGCGCAAUUCUCGUCUCCGCCAUCAGCGCAGCAACCAGGAGAUCAAGCUGUACCACCUCUCCCGCUCCAACGGCGAAGCGCCCAUCAAGCUCUUCAUCCGCUGUGUAGGCGAGCACGGUGAGCGCGUCAUGGUGCGCGUCGGCGGUGGCUGGGCAGACCUGGGCGAGUAUCUCAAGGAGUAUGCCAGCCACCACCUCCGCCGCGCCGCUGUCGGCAGCGCUCAGGAAGACAAGGUCGAAGUCAAGGAUAUUCCGCGCACCGGCGCCGCCCGCGCCGAUGCCACGCCGCCCAGUCGCCCAACCUCGGCGAUGGACGCUCACUCCCCCGUCUCCCCCCUGCGACUCCGCAAGACCCGGCGCCCCACCGCCAGCGGCACUGACGAGCCACCGCUGCCAUUGCUGCAGCCAGCCACGAGGCCCAAGACGCCGCUCGCGAGCGCCAGCAGGCUGGACGCCACCCCGCCGUCGGACGCGUCCUCGCGCUCGCGUUCCAGCACGCGCAGCCUCUGGGACGAGGAGGACGACUCGUCGGCGCUCGGCAUGGCCGGGCCGAGGGCCAAGCAGAUCGAGAUGAGCGAGGAGAGCAGGGCGUGGGUGGAGAGUGUCAAGGAGAAGGUCCGGAUUGCUAGCAGCGAUCGGCCCAAACCCCCUCCUGUUCCGGUUCUUCAUCGUUCUGUCAGCAGUGGCAGCUUGGGGCAGGCCGAGGCGGGGCUGGAGGCCAGUUUGAUGGAUCGUGGGGAUGGUAGUAAGGGAAAGGGCGGGCCGGCGGGGGCCAUGUUUGGGGAAAUGGGCAAGGUGGGAAGUACGAAGAGACUUUUCCGACGUGGUCAGGAUGGGAAGAGGGUUGGGUUUUCGUGAGCGAAAUGGUUAGGUGGACUACUGAGAGGAGGAGGAAGAGGAGCGUACAGUAUGGCAUGAUACCCCUUGGGAAUGGGGGCAAUAUGGUCGCUUCCUGGGAGGUUGCUUACCUCUUUUUCCCAUGUCUAUUUAUACUACUCGGCAUCUUCUAGGUUUAGGUGCAUGGAUAGCCAGUUUAUACCCCUUUUUUUCACCUUAUGUAUGUAGUUCCUUUGUCCCUGAUGGGUUCUAGAGUAGAAAUAGUAUCUAGACAGGCUGUUCAGACAGG